AUGGCAAGUCAAGCAGACCUGUCUACCGCUGCUGAUGAUAAAAGCGCUUCAGUGUCCAGCGUACCUGCCAGUUGGUCCAGUCGCACGAAAAGAAAAUCCAAAAAGUGUAAGAAAUGUGGAAGUAUGAUUCAAAACUUAAGCUGCCAUCAAAGCGAUCUGCAUAAAAUGCCAAUGAUGAAAAGAAAACUGGAUGUUUAUGUAACUCGAAAAAGGAAGCUGCCCAAUCAAAGGAUAAAAUUUUGUCGUGCAAGAGUAAGAAGAAACCGAUAUUUCAACUCCACAAACAUUUGCAAACACGUAUUCACAAACUAAAACCAGGAACACCUGCUUAUUUAAACGCGCUAUCACACGCUCCACCAGCUUUGUUCAACAAAAUAGAAUCCCACUUAAAAAGAAGGAAAACGGUAGGCAGGAGAAACACAGUAAAAGUCACGAGGAGGCUAAUUGGCAAGAUGAAGAUGACGAAACAUGCGAGGAAAUGGGGUCUAAAUACAGCCCAGAGGAUAGUCAUGAAUUCAAAGAUGAGGAUUUUAAAAUGAACUAG